AUGGACAUCAAGCAAGCAUACGAUGAUGCGAAGAAGGAGUAUGAAGAGGUGAAGUUGAAGUUGAAGAGACUGGAUGACCUGAGGAAUGGAGCGCAGCCCAGUUGGACUGGCGAGCUGGCGAGCUUGGCGGGAAAAGAAGACAGUCUGGAGGAGGAGAAGCGGGAGUGGGGAAAGAAACUUCGCGAGCUUACUCAGCCAGCCUAUCUCACAUCAUUAUCGUCCUUCAUCUUAACAGAUCAUGAUAAGCAAGAUAUUAGCACAUCUUUAAGAAAUUAUUUCUGUACAUCACUUUCAUCUUUACCAUCAAUACCAAGUUUGAAAGACUACUUAACUCAACCAUUUGAGAAUAAGAUACCAAUUGAAAGUCAUUGUUAUAAGGAAUGGAAACAAACAAUUGGCGAUAUGGUGGAUAAUCAUUUCAUUAAUGGUGAUGUUGCAAGAGUUACCGGUAGACAGUUAUCAUAUAAAUGUCAAACGGCUUUAGGGCAACAAUAUAGUGGAUCAGAAAAUUCUCUGCUGAGUCGAUAUGAUCGAUUGCUUCGUGAUAUCUGGGAUUUCUUGCGUCAGGGGUUACCAUUUUCAUUGGAGAUUGACCGCAAUGUUGCAGACCCAUCUGGUGCAACUAUAAAAUGUUCUCGGCCUGAUGUAGUAGCCUGGAUUAAUGGGACUUUAGUCUUUAAGGCAGAAGAAAAGAACCUUCGAUCAGAACAUAAUGUUGCUGUAAAUGAACUGUCAGACAAGAUGGAACAGUGGAAUUAUGCACUGUAUGGUCAAGUACCAUAUAUUCUCUCGUAUGCUGGAGCACAAAAUUUCUUCCAGUUUUUUGCUAUCACUCCAAACCAUGGGAAGUCUGAAAUUUCACUGACUUAUGACUUGAAUACAUACAUAGGAGAAUAUAUGGUUCUUGUCUCUUCACUCAACCUAUUCCGAGUAGUAAUAUCACUGGCACAAUUUCUGCCAACCAGAUGUGAUACACCAUUAUACAAAGAAAUUUCUAGAAAUAAUAAUACAUAUAUUACUGUGUUAUCAGAAGAUAGUGUCUUAAAAGAAAUACGGGAUUUCAAAAAUCAUCAUUAUAGUGACUUUGACACUUUGGUUGAAGCAUAUAAGGCUGUACAAAAUUCACCAUUCUGUGUGUAUUCAAAAGAAGGUCCGAGAAUACAAAAUUCAAAAAAGAGAAAAGUUCAGUAUGGAUCAGGAGAACUUUAUUCAGUGCUGCUUACACCUGUAUGUCAUCAUCGACGGCCUAGUAAUGAGAAUGAAUUGCGUAUUGCAAUAAGAUCAGUACUAAGUGGUUUAAAUGAACUUCAUAGGCAAGGUAUUGUACACCGUGAUAUCCGUUGGGAUAACAUUCUAAGACACAACGAAACUUGGCGCUUAGCAGAUUAUGAACACUCAGGACGUCUCGGGGAAGUACCCACAUUUCAACUGCAUAAUUGGCCUUCCAAUGUAACAGAAGGAUACAGCAAAAAAUGUGACCUUUACUUGGUUGGGAAAUUGUUUGAUGAAUUUAUGUUUGAGCUUUCAACUGCAGGUAGAAGAAUCAAAGAACGUUUAACGAAUCAGGAAUUCCCAAAUUGUGAUAGUGUAUUGAAAGAUGAGUGGUUUAAAAAAGAAUAG